AUGCAAGGUCGUGGCGGUACUGUUCGGGGACAGGCGUUAUUGCCUGUUCACGAUAGCGAAGUGCAGGCUGGACUGCAAUUAUCAUUACCAUCGCCGAUCUUAUUGUAUUACUUCGCACGUUUGAAAGAGUGUAAAAUUCGCCACGAAUUAACGCCGCGUGUCUUUAAUGAUAUACUACACGAUGAGGAGUUCUUUCGUGAUAUGAACGGGUUUUGUAGUAAAGGAUUUGGAGACCUCCUAAAGGAUGUUUCAUGGAGGUGGUGGAGAGUGCAUGCGCGGGAUAUAUUACGACGUGGAGUUGACAGCAAGAAUAGCAACAGUGAUAUCUAUAGUAGUCCUGGUGAUGAUGAUGGUAAUGAUAAUAAUGAUGAUAGUAAGAGUCAUGCCGUUUCUGCUUCUGGUGUAGAUGAUAACGAAAAUACUGGAAAUGAAGAGGAAGAGACAAAGAAACCCUUACCUCUAGAAGAGGAAGGUGCGGAAGAACAGGAUGAUGAUGAUGAUGAUGAUAAUAGUAAUAAUAAUGGGUAUAAUGAUUUGCGGUCUGUUUUACUUUUGCUUUCGGUCUUCUGUGCACCCUACCGUGUUGUGAGGAGUGAUGGUUGCCCAGCUGUAACGUGUACUGCCCGAUUGAUGUUAUGCCGUGAUCCAUCUAUUGUGUAUCUUGGCCUUCUUGUGAACUUCACACAGUCGUAUCAUCCAGAGAAGAUACUGGACGGUGCUGCCGUGAUGCGUAUUGUCGCCCACGGCUGGGAGUCCUCUCCUACAUUUGAGGAAGUUGUUAAGUGUUGUCUGCGGGCCAGACAACGUCGUCGUUGUUGUCAACAACGCGAAACGAGUAGGGCAGUAACGUUGCAAGAGGAAUGUGAAUCGGAUGCACAAUUACUGCGAUUACCGAAUUUGGUAACAAAUCCCAUACAGAUUAUACCGGAGAAUUUACUUCGGCCCAAACACCAUAGAGGCAGUGAUGCCCUGGAUUGUAUGGAGAUUGGACAAGCCGUGCUGAACAGCAUGGCAGAAGCCGCAGGAGAUGCGGAAAAACUUCUUUGGUGGUCCCGCUGUCGACUGUUGUGUCUGCAGAUGAUGUCCCCACCGGAUCGCACGGAAGUUCUCUCAGGCCCCGCCUGUGAGUUUUUCCGAAGUGUGUGGAAUACCGAACGACUCUUUUCCACCAUCUUGGAUGAUAUAGACCAGGAUGAUGAUGAUGAUGAUGGUGCUACUAUUGCUCAUGCGAAGGCUAAUGAUAAGAAUAAUGAUAAGAAUGAUGAGGAAGAUGGUAAUAAUUGCAAAUCCAUUCAUACCUGUGCUCGGCAGCAGACGACGCAUAGUGAGGGAAAAGAAAUGACCGUUCCAAAGGCAGCAACACUUGUAGGAACUAUAGCCGAUGUUGUGCGAGGAUGGCACUUUGCCGUACGCUCUGGUGGAGCGCUUUAUAAUAUUAUUUCCAGUUAUGCAGCGAUAAACCCACUAGAUACAAUAAGCCGUGUGGUACCUUUUCACAGGAAAUUUCAAGUUGGAAGUCAUCGUUGCCUUGCGGAUGAAUGGCAGUAUCGUCUUCUUAUGGAUUACCACAGUACCUAUAUCGCCGUAUUUCCAGCAAGUACCCCUUCAAGCUCAGCAUUACUUUCAGCGAUGGUAGCCCAAAUGACGGAGAUGUUGGCAUCUCAACCACACUAUUGUCCAGCACUUGUUAUGCGAAGUUUGACACUCACGCGAGAUAACACCGCCGCCGCCGCAUUGGCACUUAAUCAUGGAAUUAUACAAGCUGUUGUUACAGUUAUGCGAACGUACAUGAAUGAAAAACGCCCUGAUGAGGCUCCAAGAAUAAAAGAUAAAAACAACAAUCACACUGGUGUAAUAACGGAAGGUGUGGAUGUGGAUAAUCAUAGUAUUGGAACGGGUGGGGAUCGUGGUAUGGGAGGACGUCGCUACGGCUGGUCUUAUGAGGCCGUGAAUGUAUUACGAUGGUGCUUUAUAGUACUGGAACGCCUCACCACAGUAUCUACACAUGAAUCUACAAACCCCAUUGUUUUUCUACUUUCUCCACAUGGAGAAGAUGGGUAUGAGUUGUGUCGACACAUCUGUGAAAAGAUCCUUUAUCCUGGUGGUCAUCCUGUAUUGGUUGCGGCUGCCUUUCGUUUUCUUGCAGCCUGUAUUCAUCAUAAUGUUCGUGAUGUGGUACCGGCACUAUUGCAACGAGGUGUACUUAACAUUAUAGUGGAGAUUGGAGAGGGACCUACUCUUUUAAAGAGAUAUUAUCAAGGAGAAGUGUCCGCUGUUCAACAACAACAACAGCAACAUAUUUCUGCGCCGAGUAGCCCGGUAAGCACGGCGGAGAAUUUAACAUCAGAAGAACAGCAAACUCCAUUAUUACCAUCUCGCAACAAAGGAAGCAGUACAGAGAAUGAAACCAAUACCUGGAGAGAGAAUGAGGAAGGAGGUGCACAAGAACAGGAUGAGAAUGAUAAUAAGAACCUUCAUGGAGGAGAUCCCUCAGAAUCCGUAGUAUCUAUUGACCCUAUGACCUAUUAUGAACAGGCUAUUCCAAUAGUUAAUAUUUGCAGUGUUUUGCAGGCUUUUGCAGUACAUAACAGUACACAUGCUGAAUUACAGAAACCAAACAUAAUGCGACAUUUUAUGUUAAGUCUUAUUCUACCUUUUUCCUCUUCACCUCAGUCCACCUCUUCCUCACGUUCGGUUGGAACACAAUCACUACAUGUUACUACUCAAGCAGCAUCAUUAGCAGGUAAAGAUAUCCUUUCUUUGCUGCGAACACUACCUCAAUUACAGGAUAGUUUCUUUUCAGCUUUACAGGAGAUAUUAACAUAUGUUGUGGAAGCGGCACAACGUCCAAAUCCUCCUGUAGAAGUUGCACUCUCUAUUUGGAAUAUCUUUUCAUUUCUCAGUGGAGCAGGGUUCCGACAAUUCGCACAACGUGGUUCAAGUCGUCGUCAACGUCAUCGUAUUCCAGAUGCUACGAAUUCUGCCAUUGAUACAUUGGUUCAAAAAUUUCUUCGACUUAAGCGUCUCUUAUCUAAAUUACUUGCUGCAUUCCUGCGAUUACCUUGUCGAGCCGCUACUGCACCUUCUAAUUGCAGUGUCCUCGCUUCAUUUCUCUUGGAACUUCCCUCUGAUAUGUUGGAUAGUGUCGCAGAGGAGAUUAUAAAGUAUACUGAAGAAUCGAUUGAAAUGGUUAAAAAUGACAAACUAACAGAUAGUCGUGCGGAUAUGCUAUAUCUCCUGACAUGUGCUUUCUUUGUAAAAUUUCAAAGCACCCCAUCAUGGGCAGUGAUCUCAAAGUUCAGACGAGAUUUGGCAAAUGUCCUUUUUGAUGUUUAUGUCGCUAUGGAAGUGGCGAAACAUAAACGCAGUGGAAUUUUGGAGACAGAUGGAAAUACAACAGAGAAUAGAGGUACAGGGAGAGAACCAACCGCAAGUAUGCUUGGUGCCGCCACUACGGUAGCCACAGCCGUUCCCACAAGUACAUUGGCCGUGGAAGUUGGACGCGGUGCAAGUGAAACCCCCGUUUCCGAUGCUGAUUUUUCCUUUGAUUGGUCCGUCCCAUCCGGUGCGGGUCAUUAUAAUGAUUCGGCAUUAUUAUCCGGAGAGGAGCGAGGCUCACUGGAUGGGAUUGAAACCCCAGUCGUCACCUACACAUUUAGAACGGCGACCACCACCACAACAACUACAACGACGGCAACCAUGACGAAUAAUGUCGCUGGCGGCACCGGAACAGGAGUGGCAGCAGCAACGGCAAUAACAACAACGGCGGGCGGCACAAGUGGAGGAAACGGCGGAGAGGCCGCUGCCACUACGACCGCCCGGUCGGUUUCGGCUUCUGCGGCCCCUGUGGCUGGCAGUGUGGGUGGAGAGGCCGUAGGGGCGGUGGAGCGGCUGCGGAUGUACAUUGGCGGUUUACUUCUCCCGCCGCCGGACCGCACCCGCUCGACAUCUCCAUCCGCCCCGCCGCACUACAAUCGCGCCAUCUUGGCAUCUGGACAACAUCCCUUGUUGCCCGUCACGAUGGCACAUGUCCUGCGGGGGGCGGCAAAGGUGCUGUUAAAGAUCAGAAAAACGAUCAGAGCAGCAAUUCAGCAGAAAGGGAUGGAAAUGAUGCAGCAGAAUCCGGAAUGCUGUGCGGAUCAGGCAAUGCUAAAAGAUCUCUCUCACAAGAUUGCUCUAGAUGCGCUAAACAUAUAUCAACUAAAGGAAGUUGAGACAAGAAUGAAAUCCUCUGAGGUAAUUCUUUCCUUACCUUGGCGUGGUGUUUCAAGCAGUGAUAAUAACUUCGCACCAUAUGUUACCAGUAUUGUUGUAUCUCUAAAUUUCAUUACAAAGAGUAUUCUACCUCUACAAGAAGACUCAUCAUCAUCAUCAUCAUCAUCAGGAGCAGCUGCAGCUGCAGCUGCACCAGCAACAACAGCAACAACAUUCUCAGUAUCCGUUCCGGGAAUAAGUGCUGCUGUACCAUUACCACAUCCUACUACUUCCACAGAAGGUGGUGUGGAUAAUAUUUGUAGAGGUAGUACUGAUAAUAGUACUAAUCCCAAUGCGGUUACUACUGCUUCUUCUUCUUCAUCAUCAUCAUCACCUUCUACUACUACUACUUCUUCUUCUUCUACUUCAACUACUAAUACUAAUACUACUGCUGAAGCCUCCAUUAAACUUUCGGUACUUGUUAACUCAAUGACGCAUAUACUUGAGGUGUUGCUGAAAGUCUCACCAGAGCGAGGCACUGCACGACGACAAUGGAUGUUGCCACUCCUCUACUUUGUGCAUUUCACCUGGCCAUCUCACGGUCUUGCGUUUACGCCGGCCAUGACACUUGCGAUUCUCGCAAGACUCUUUGACUUCAACACAUCUCUCUUUUUAAUGAAUGCAGACCAAGUUGCCAUGAACGCACUUUCAGAGAUCGACAAUGAUAAUGAAAAUGACGAUGACGAUGACAACACUAACAGGAACACUAACACCAAUGAUAAUGACAGUGUUAUGGAUUUUAUACCAAGCAGAUCAUACAUGGACGAAGAUGAAGGUGAUGAUUCUCUACUUCGCAUGAGAAGCAUAUUAAAUGCUAUGGUUACCAAUAUGUUUCCACGCCCCGCUGUUUCUGGAACCCUUUACUUAGAACAACGACUACACCGGCAAGAUGAAGACCAUCACCGGCGACGACGACAACAACGACAAGAUGAAGAGCAACAACGGCGACAUCAACAUCAACAUCAUCAACAACAACAACAACAGGAACAAGAACAAGAUCCUCAAGAUGAAGACCAACAGCAGCAGCGACAACAACAACAACAACAACAGAGUGCUGCAGGAACAGCCUUAUUGGUGGAACGCGUCACUCAAUGGGUACUUGAUGUUGCCGCCAUUCAACGCUUUGCAGAGGGUGUUACAGAGGAAGAACGAGUACAGUUACGGCGGCUUUGCUGUAGAGUUUGUUGGGUUUACUACGCAGAUGCAUUCUCUGGUAUGCAUGGGGCUACACUUGUGGAGAAUGAGCGGAUGCGACAUUCAUCUAUACUCGAGCGGAUUAUCCGUCUUAUCCUCACGGACCCUAGUCGUUACUACACAUUACUGGAGAUUCUAGCUGUACUUCUAUCCCAGGAGAAAUCCGUUAUGCAGCGAUCGACAUUAGUUUCACAAACUCAACUUCCUCGUGCUAUAUUUGACUGUAUAACAGCAGAGAUUCAGCGAGUUUCAACUGAAGCUGUAUCAGAUCCUUUAAAACAGCAAGAACAAAAACGACAUUGUAAAGCUCUCUAUGGGCAACUAUUUACUUUUCUCUCUGCAUGUUCUGCGGAUGCCCUUGCAGAGAAAGGAAUGCGACCAUGUGCAUAUUACCAUGGAAGUUCCUUUAGUUUUUGCUGGAUGGGUCACCUUUGUCGUCAACCACACUAUGAUGAUGGAAUUACUCUGAGAACACGUCAAAAACCAGUAGAUAUGGGAGAUGAACUACAACGUAUUGUGGAACUUUUAACAGAAUUUGGAUAUCCAAGCUCAUCUGAGAAGAAUGAAGAAACUGUAGAUGAGAAUGAGGAGAAAUCUACGGAAAAAUUAUUAGAUGCGUCACAUCCAGGUGAGAGCAGUACUACUACUACUACUACUACUACUACUACUAAUGAUAAUAAUAAUAACAAUACUCAGACUCCAAUGACUACAGAUCCUCUCAGCAGACGUCACGAUGAUAAUGAUGAGGAAAAGUCUUCCGUACGAUGUGUUAUUUCUGGAACUACUGCAGAGGUAAAACUCAGUAUAUCUUCCCUUCUUGGGGGAACAUCCUUAUUACCUAAGGAUCUUAUAUCUUUGUGUGCAGAAUUGGUAAUGGACUAUUUAGCCAAUGAUGAUAUUGCCAUGGAAGAAGACCAUUUAAAACAGCAAGAACAAGAACAAGAACAAUAUCAAGAGGAAGAAAGUGGACGUGACGGGAAUAUUAAACACCAGAAUAACAAUAAAGAAAAACUUAAUGAGGAAAUUGUUCUGGAAACACCUGUUACACAUAUAGCUAUAUUAUUUCUUUCGAAACUGUUAGAAACAGCAGACACUUCAUUGGUUUCUCACCUUUACCACUUGAAUGACACGACGAAAAAAGGAUUCGUCGUGCGGGCUAUUUCUCGUUUACUCCGUAAUGAUGUAGCCACUUCAAGUGCUCGUCUGCCUGUAUUGAAGUCUCUCAUAGAUUGGCCAGAACACACAGAAUGGGUGGUGUACUCCGCAAUCGUAAAUGCCGUGCAGAAUCAAAUGCGAGCUGGAGCCACAUAUACUUUACGAGAAAAAGAUGUUCAGGAACUUUGUGCUCAACACGCCAGUAAUAAUCCACGAAGAGGUCAUGAUCAUCAUAUGCGUAAUAUUUCAGAAGUUCAUCGACAAUCCAUACCAUUAAAUGAUUUUGUAACGGCUAUUCGUUCUAUUAUUGACAAACAACCAAAGACAUUUUGUACGGUAUUUAAUAAUUCAUGUGUUGUACAUAUUCUUGACAGUGAUGGUAAAAAUGGUGAAUUAGCAAGAUCUGAUCAUAUCAAGACGGCUGUGUGGGUGGCACCACGCAAACCACCACGAACAGCUGCGAUGUGUAAUUCCCUUACUCUACAUCGUUCUGUAGUGGGACAAAUGUUUGAUAUGCUUUUACAGCGUCUUGCCUCCAAGACGUUGUUGCCAAGUGCCGUCUCUACAGUGCUCAAUCACAUUACAACUUUACCUUUCAUUGCCUCUAUGGUGACAGCGUAUAGUGUGAAUAUGCCACUACCAGAAAGUAUGCAGAACAUCUUUGAACAACAUAAAACGGUAGAUGGAGAACACAUGCGACAACAACAACAACAACAACAAGAAUUACAUUCUGGUGAUCCUUUAGUUUCACAAAAACAUACUCUCUUCCUUACACCAUUCCUUGCGGUAGUGAUGUUUAUGGAUGGAUCACAGCUAGAACCACUUGAACAGUUCUUCUCCAAUGUCGCACAAAAGGCGCCUUCAGCGUUAGCACAGAUGUUACUGAAUGUACUUGGGGUAAUGCUAGAUGAUAUACAAUCCCAUAAAAAUAUUGAGAAUGAGGAGGAAGAGGGUAAUGGAGAAGAAGAAGAAGAAAAGGAAGAGGGAAAACAAAAGAAGAAUGAAAAGAAUGACCCAGCAGCAAUGGGACCCUCACCAAGACGGAUGGCCUGCAAUCUUCUUCAUGUUUGGCGCCUACUACUUGUGGCCGCAUCAAGUUCACUUGUUUGGCGUUUCUGUGAUGAACUUUAUAAGCGCGGGGCACUUGAAGUACUGUACCGUAUGGUCCGCCUUCAGUGCUGCACCACAGAGCGGGACGCAGCUGCACUUCUUCUGGUCAUUCGUCGUGUAUUGUUAACGUACAGCAAUAGUAACAGUAAAAAUAACAGGAAUAAUGCCACUCACGUAGAAGCUCGUAGUGAGCAAGAGGGAAAUAACAACAAUACCAACAGCAGCAACAAUAACAGUAAUAACAACCGUAAUAACAGCAGAAGCAGUAGCGGCACUCACCGCAGUAGUGGAAGUGGGAGCAUAGUGGUCCCACAGCAAUUCAUACUGCCGACAGCGGAGGAGUACACUGCACUUUUGCCCGAGAACAGUCAUGAAACCCCAUCUGCACAACAACAACCAAACCAAGAACAAGAAGAACACGAGCAGCACUCUGCUGGUGGAGAUGAGUCAUUUUACUUAAAUGAUCUUGUCAGUGGUAAUGAUCAGCGUGAGAGGAGUGGGGAAACUAAUGAUAGGUCACGCAUUAAUAGAUUGACAGAAUCUGUAAGAAAUGUUGUUUUGGGCCUUUCUGGGUUACUCCCUCCUGGUGGUGGUGGUCUUUUAUUGUAUGAAACUCACGAGGACACCGAUAAUGACUUCACUACCCACGCUGAACACUACGAUGUGGGAGAGGAAGACUUGGGUGAUGAUGAUGAUGAUGACGAAGACGAUGAUGAUGAAGACGGCGACGAUGACGAAAAUGAUGAUGAUGAUGUUGAUGAAAAUGAUGAUGAUGAUGAUGAUGAUGAAGAUGAUGAUGAUGAAAAUGAUGAUGCAUUGCAUACUCCAGUUACCCCAGCUCUCACACCGUUUCGAGAAUAUGGGAUUUACGGACCUGAUGGGUCCCUUAUGGGCCUUCAAGGUGUAGAUGGUGAGGGCAUGAGAGAUAAUGAAGAUCAAGAGGAAGAUGAAGAAAAUGAAGAUGAUCUAGUGGAAGAGGAAGAGGAAGAUGAGGAAGAGGAGGAUACGGAAUACGAAGAGUUAGUACCCUACAUGGUGGAACACUCUCGAUUGUUGCGUGAUGCAGGACACGAUGAAUCCUUUCCAUUAUCAAGUGCAGAGUUUGUUGCCAUGAUGGAAGGUGAUCAUUCAGAAGGAGUUAUCCCACGUUCACUAUUACUUGAGAUGGAACGGUGGGAUCCACAAGGUAUAGGAAUUGUACGUCCUGCUGGAAACGCCUACAACAGUUGGUCCUUUUACACUAACAGUGGAACUACUGGUGAUAUUGGGGAGAUUGGGGAGAUUGGCGAUAAUGGCGCCUCUUUAUAUGAGUUCUUCAGACAUCACCGCUUCACUAUGGCAGAGCGUGAUCCUUAUCAAUACCCUACUGAACAUGGUGGUCAUCUCGCACGGCUUGUGAAUGUAUGCGAGGCUAUUAAUGCAGAAGUGGAGCGGCAGUGGAAUACACUUCACGUAUUUGAACCUUUACCACCUCAACUACGUGCAACGGAUGAGGUAUCUCCAGUUGUCCCUAAUAUAGAACCACCCCCAACGAACAACCCCAACCCCAAUAAUAAUAGUAAUAAUAACCUUAGUAGUGAUGCUACAGCUAACAGAGGCAAUCCUGCAUCAAAUUCCCCAUUAGAAUUGGGUAAUGAUAUUGCCUCCUUAAACACAUGCAACGAUACAAACAGGAGUGAUGUUGAGGAAGCUGACACAGGAAACAACAAUGUAAAUCGUUGCAGUACUUCUACAGGGGAAGAAACUGCGCCUCAAUUGACGUCAUCAGGCAAUGUUACUACAAAUGCAGAACAAAGUUCUUCUUCUGCUGUUGCAGCAAGAGGUGAAGAAUCUACUACUGUGGUUGGCAAUACAUCUUCUGAUAGAGAAGCCACCGGAGAACCACCAGUAGAGCAACAACCCUGGUUUAGCGUUAUUCAGCCACACUUUCUUCUUGAAUUACCAGAACCACUCCGCCGUGAGAUUUUAUUUGAACACAUGAACGUAUUACUACACGAUCGUGAACACGAGGUGAAUGGACGCCGUACACGUAUUUUCACCGGCUUCCUCUCCGAAUUAUCACCAAGCGUGCAGCAAGAGGCUAUAGAAGUGGAGCAACGCUGGCGACGCGUCACAGGCGCCGACGGAGAUGGAAGUGACUCACAGAACACAAAUGCCACAGAUGUAUUAACAGAUGUACUCGCCGUCGUUACACCGGAUGUACGGCGGGAUAUUCUACUUACUUGUGAUAUGCGACACCUUGAGGGAAAUCCCCAACUCCAUGCAGAAGCUAGUGUACUGCGUGGACUGCAGACACUGAUGCCACGUGCUGGAGAGGAAGGAAUGCGUAGACAUAAUACUAUGAUGGAAGCGGGUAAUAUACCACUACAGGAUAAUAGUGAUUUAGAAGCACUUUUAACACCUACGACUACUGAAAUUCCUCCUGCCAUGGAGGAUAUAAACGCUUCGCAGAUGCCGCGUCUCCCUACAAUUUCAAGAGGAACAGAACCACACAGUUUACUUUCAAGCAUUCAACGACAACUACGGGAAAGAAGUGUUGGACGUGGUCAACGGACAACAGGAAACGAUAUACAACGAGAGGGUGGCGGUAUAGGUAUGAGGAGUCGUGGUGAGGAUAGUAAUAUCAACCGAGUUGCUGAUAUUGGGAUUGGUCGUCGCCCUGCACGUCCACCUCGCGGGAAUAAUCGUCCAACGGAAUUACAACUAAUGUUAUCUAUUCGUGCCCAACGUGAACGUAUUCCACGACAUGGGAGAUCUGGUACUCCUCCGAAUAGAGAAAAAGGACCGGCAGGUCUUCAAGCGGCGGUGCCACCCGUACCGGCAGAUGUAAUGAAACAGUUAGUGGAACUUAUUUGCUUAACAAAAGGUGGACCAGUUCCAUUGGAGCGACACAGUACAAUGACAUCUAAUUUAUCUGUUACUCUGCAACUAGUUUCAUUGCUUUCCACGGUGUGUGUAAAUACUACAGUGGCGACAAAGGCUUUAAAAGAUCUUCUUGAUGUGGUACUAGAAGGACCAUCAUACUCUGCCGCCAUUGCGGCAAUGAAAGAGGAAUCUGGAAAUUCUUUAACUGGAUUAAAUGGGAAAGAAGAGCGUAUUCGUAGCCGUAUUGCUGAUCAAGUACUUAUUACGAUUCUAAAGCUUGUUGGUCGUUGUCGUGCUGCAGGUAUGAGUUUUAUUAGACUUCCAGAUGGUGCCGAUGAGGGUGGUCCAGUGAAGUCUCUGGAUGAGGGUUAUGAUGAGAGAGAGUUAAAGGCUAUGCAAAUUGCUCUCUUUCGACGACUUGUAGAAGUUGUCUUGCGUUUCCCAUCAUUACAUGUGGUAUCCACUUUCACAUUCCUCAUGAAAGAACUAAACACAAAACUACGUCUAUUGGAGGAAGGAUUCACACGAACACAACACCCAACAGGAGAGGUUGGAAAUAUCUCCGAUACUUCUAUUCGACAUCCACGACAUGAGCAUACACUCUCUUGGGAACCUGUCAUGCAUCCCUCGUAUGCAGAUUCUAACACUACCUGUGCUGUCUGUUAUACCAGAAUGUGCCCUAGUAACUCUCUCUUUGAAUGUAGAAGAUGUCGUUUUCUUCUUUGCCCAGCAUGUAGCCGUGUGAUGUUAAGUGCGGAAGAGGAAAUGCAACGGGCACGUCGUUGGGGUUACGCCCUUGUAACUUCUCAAGGGACGCUAGAUACGGUAUUGCAAUUGCUGCGUCAUCCAAAGUGUACAGAAGAGAUGGCACAGGAGACCGUUGGGUUUUUACGACUUGGUAUUAAAGAAAGUGCUCGGCGUGAUUCUACAACUUUAGUGGGUGAAGACCAUAGUCCCAUAGCGAUUGUGGAGCGAGUUAUUAUUGAACUAGCUACAGAGAUCACUGCUGGAAUACACUCAUGUAUUAAAGCAUUCCGUAGUGCUUUUCCACCUAGAGUAUCUUCCUCCUCUUCUUCCUCUUUAUCAGAUGCUAUUGUGCAAUCGGAGAGUCAUCAUGCUACGGAAGAAAAGGGAAAACGAUGUGAUGAUAAUGUAAGUAGUGGUAAUGGUAAUAAUAAUAAUAAUAAUAAUAAUAAUAAUAAUAAUAAUAAUAAUAAUAGUAGUAGUAGUGGAACUGGUGAUAUGAUGAAUAGAAUGUGGAAGGUACAAGAAGCGAAUGUUGCUCUUUCUUAUAUGAAUUUAAAUACCAGAGAUGACAAAUUGGAUACAUUAUUUGUUCCUUACGCGGAUGUACAUCGUCCGGAACCACGUGAACUUUCUCUUAUGUGGCAUGCUUCUCAGAUGUAUCUUGCGGAAAUUGCUUUUAUUAUGCAACACUUACAGAGUAGCACUUCUGUGAUGUUACCACAAGCGGUUCUUCUUCUUUUAUCUGGAUUCUGUCAAUUUCACAUGGCAGAACACAGACGAUCGGGAUGCUCUGCUAGUGUUGGAAUGGAUAGUGUCAGUAGUCUUACAGUGGAAAAGACAGAAACGGAACGUUUUAUGCUGGACACUACACAUACACCAUCAAGUGUUUCCGAUGCAGCUGAUAGGGCCCUUAAACGUGAACAACGUAGUCAGCAAAAUCAAGGAAAUCAAAAUCAUGAUUAUAAUCAUGAUGCUCAUCAUACAUCUGUUCCUUCUCUACCGUUUUCUCGACGUUCCCAUCGAUACUCACAAUUGGAAAUUGGUAGUGGAAGUGGCAGUGCUCGUGGGGUUCCUUUGAAUGACUCUAUGCGAGAAGAGACGAUUGCCAUUCCACGUGUUGUGAGACAAUUUGUAGAACGCAACCGAUUAACCAUUAAUGCCCUUAUUCAAUAUGAUCCACAACUCUUAAAAGAUACUUUUGCCUUUUUAAAAUCAGAACCUGGUUUUAUUGAUUUUAAUAUUCGUUUACAAGAGUUCCAACGUCAUAUUAGCUAUACCACACAUGGUUCUCGUAUUGCUCUUAACAUCAGUCGUGAUCAGUGUCUACGUGAUAGUUUCUCUCAACUAUCCAAAUUAAAGAGUUUUCACGGUCAGUUGAAUGUACGUUUCCGUGGAGAAGAGGGUGCAGAUGCGGGAGGACUCACACGGGAAUGGUUCCAACUCCUCGCAGAGGAAAUGGUGAAUGACAACUACGCCCUCUUCAUUCACUCACGCGAAGGAAUGACAUACCAACCAAAUCCCUUCUCAGAUGUGAAUCCCAAUCAUCUGCAGUAUUUUAACUUUGCGGGUACAGUGGUGGGAAUGGCGGUGGCUCACGGUGUGCCGAUUGAUGUACACUUCACUCGAGCCGUCUAUCGACACAUGACGGGUGUACAACCCAUCUUUCGUGAUCUUGAGAGUGUGGACCCGGAAUUGUAUGAAAAUCUUAAUUGGCUUCUACGCAAUGAUGUCAGUGAUCUUGGUCUCUUCUUUACUGUUAGCUGUGAACGCUUUGGGGUGGUGCAGGAAACCGAACUUCUACCGAAUGGGGCUCACGUCGCGGUGACGAAUGCAAACAAAUCUCAAUAUGUUCGACUCCGCUGUGAGUUCCACAUGACUCAACAGAUUGAACAACAAAUGGUGGAGUUUCUUAAAGGUUUCUAUAAUGUUAUCCCACGUAAAGAAAUCCACAACUUCACUGCCCAGGAGUUGGAACUCGUUAUUUGUGGAAUGCCGGAUAUUGAUGUGGAGGAUCUCCGUGGACACACCGUGUAUGAAGGCUACACCUCCACUUCUCCACAAAUCCGUUGGUUCUGGGAAGUUGUCGCCUCCAUGACGAAAGAAGAUCGGGCGAAUCUCCUGCAGUUUGCCACUGGCGCCUCUAAAGUCCCACACGGCGGCUUCAGCAAUUUGGAAUCCGCGAGUGGAUCACCGCAGCGAUUCACAAUUACAAAGUGGGGAGACAGUACAGAUCUGCUUCCACAGGCACACACCUGUUUUAAUAAGAUUGACUUGCCAGAGUACCCAAGCAGUGAGGAACUGCGGAAGAAGUUGAUGCUUGCGAUUACAUUCGGCAGCAGGGGAUUUGCGAUGCUGUAA